CCUCCCCUUCAGUCUUGCACAGGUGUACCGGCUCCUCCCCUUCAGUCCUGCACAGGUGUACCGGCUCCUCCCCUUCAUUCUUGCACAAAUGUACUGGCUCCUCCCCUUCAGUCUUGCACAGGUGUACCGGCUCCUCCCCUUCAGUCUUUCACAGGUGUACUGGCUCCUCCCCUUCAGUCUUUCACAGGUGUACCGGCUCCUCCCCUACAGUCUUGCACAGGUGUACCGGCUCCUCCCCUUCAGUCCUGCACAGGUGUGCCGGCUCCUCCCCUUCAGUCUUGCACAGGUGUCCCAGCUCCUCCCCUUCAGUCUUGCGCAGGUGUACCGGCUCCUCCCCUUCCGUCUUGCACAGGUGUACUGGCUCCUCCCCUUCAGUCUUGCACAGCUGUCCAAGCUCCUCCCCUUCAGUCUUUCACAGGUGUACCGGCUCCUCCCCUUCAGUUUUGCACAGGUGUACCGG